CCUAGAAUAGGCAAAGGUCUUGCAGCUUCUGGCAUAUUUACCAUUGUGUCAAUUAAUCAUGUGUCAAUAUAGUAUGGUUUAUGGAAACUGGUGAGGCUAGACUUAACACCUGGAUAAGCUGCACUGUUUCAGCUGUUUAAGGUUAUAGUAACAAAUCUGUUGAAUCUGGAAAGAAUUUUCUGCAUGGAUAAAACAGCUACAAUUAAGAUAUCACACUUUUAUAGUUUUGUGGUUGAAAGCUUUUUUUUUUACUGCUUAAAUUAGAUUUAUAUUCCAUGGCAUCAUGACUAUUAGCAUUACUUGAAAAUUCACUAGUUACAAUACAUUCUUGGAACCAGAAUAAAGACAAAUUUAACUGUAAGGCUUGUUCUCUCAUUGAGAAAGUGCAUAGCAAAUGACAUAAGUUCUAGGAUAUCAAAACACUGGUUACCAUUUGAAUUUUUACAGAAAACACACAAAUCAUAGAUCAAAGACAGUUAACAGGUAACAUCUUAUGAUGAUUUUUAUAAGCUUGUGUAAAAGGGCUUACUACAUAUCUCAAAAAAAAAAAAAGUGACAUGUGCCUCAUAUCAAAUAAUUCCUCUUUCCCUAGUGCUAAAUGCAUAGAAAUAGAGGAUGAGAUACACAGAUCAAAUGGGUCAUUAUAGCUAUCAACCAUCUUUGCAUUUUAUGUGUUGAUACUGGACCUGAAAAUGAGUUAAAUACUGAGAAUUUGCCAAAAAAUACAGUUGGGCAUAUUUUCUUGCUUAAAACUAUUGAUUACUGCCUCAAAAUUUUGUAUUUGAUCUCCCAAAUACAAAGCAUAUUACUAAUAGUUUGUUCUGGAACUUACAGUUUCGCCUGGCAUCAGUGACAUUUCAACCUAUAAGAACAGUUCAACUUACUCCUUUACAGGACAAUGAAGUCAAUGCAAACACUGAUAGCAACAAUAUUUUGAGUAUUACAAAUUCUGUACCUAUACCUACAAAACCAUGUAUGAAACUUUACCAGCCUCAAUAAGCCAAACCGUAGCAAAGGCAGGCUAAAAAGUCACCAGAACAGGCUCCUGCUAUUGUUUCUGAUAGCUCUACUUCAACAGGAAACCUGGACUCAUUCAGAAUGGGUGAGUAUUACAAAUGCUCUGCAGACUUGAAAGAACAAGCAAGUGAAAUAAAAUUAAAAUGCAGUGAAGCUGAUGUAGGUAUUAAAACUGAGCAGGCUGACUUUGAAAAAUAUCAGCUUUCAAUAACCUAUGAAAAUUCAGAUAUUGUGAAUACAGCCAGCGUUUUUGAUGACAGUCAUGCUAAUUUCAACUCAAGUGAAGUGACAAACAUCAAGGAGAACUGUGAAAUAUUUGCAGUUCAGUGUCCUGCGUCAAGCAAUGCAGACAGUGUAAGAGGUGGAAACUGUGAGAGAAAUGUAGAACUAAGGAGUGCCAUUAGAACUUAUUUAGAGGAAGUGGAUGUUUCAGGAGUGAUACCUGCUCAUAGUUGGUGUGCAGAUGUAGACACUGUGAACGCCGUGCUUGAAAAUCAUGGUUUAGACUCAAGCUGCAAAAAUGAAGUAGUAGAAUCAUAUCAUAUGCUAGAAGAUAAAUCUAUAGCUAAAAUCAUUCCUCACUUUUCUGCUGGGAAAGCAGAAAACAGUGUUUAUCCAGUAGUCUUUGGAACAACUGAAAAAAUUGCAAUUUCAGCAGCAACUGAAACAAAAAUCAAUAAAUCGGUUCCUCUUGUCUAUAUUACACUAUCUGAACAUGAGCCACCAUGGGCACCACAGACUGCCAAAUGUCCCACCAGAAAAAAGGAUGUCAUCCAUAGCAUGCCUCCUAAUGCGAGUCACAGCUUCAGCAUACUUGCUUACAAAGAAAGUGACAAAAUAAAAACUAAUACAAAUAGAUCUGCUUCAAAGACUAAAAUGAGUAGCGAAGUACCUCAAGAUUUCUCUGUUUCUGAUGAGAGUGCCACAAAAUGUAACACACACAAUACAAACAUCAAGAACCACCUUUUCCCUUCUGUAGGACUCUCUCAUCUGGAAUCUGAGGCUUCCUCAAAGCUUCAGGAAAAAAGACCUCAGAUGAAGAAACACCAUGUUCUUCAGAGUGCUCAGAAAUCUAAAAAGCAAACAUUUCCUUAUAUCUGCAAAAGUUCAAGUAACUUAAAGAAACAUGUUACUCCACUUUCUGUUCCACGAACACAGUCUGCCUCAGAUUUCUUGAAUUUGAAAUAUAGUGACAUGUUCAAGGAAAUAAAUUCAAAUGACAAAGGCCCAGGGAUUUAUGAAAUGUUCGGGACUCCUGUAUAUUCCCAAGUGCGUGGACUUGGUCAACAUGAGAGCAGAUUUUACAGGGAAGUUUGUUCUGCUCCACCUGGGAGAUACAUUGCUAAUAAACGUAAAUCUACCUGCACUACUGAGAGAGACAGCAGGAGAAUAAGGAGCACCCAGAAAAGAACACGUUCUAAACCCAAUAACACAAUUGACAUUAAACAAAAGCACAAAGACUUAACACCAGAAGAGAGAAGUUCUGAGUUAAGAGAUAGCAACACGGAGCUAGAAGAUGUUGUAAUAAUUUCUGGUCCAGAUUGGCACAUAAAGGCUUCAAGGAGCACACCAUUGUUUAAUGAAGAUGAAGGUCAACAGUUUCUGGUUUUGAAAGAGUUUUCACAAUUCACUAAACAAAAUGAAAUCAUUCCGAAUUCAAACUUGUCAAUUAUUAAAGAAGUCCCUUUGGAGCAGUCUUCAGAUAAUAGAGAUGUAGUUAACAAUCAGAUUCUUGCAACCAGUGUCUACAAUUUUCAGCAGGUUGAUGAUAAACAUCAUGUAGAAUGUGUUGCUUUAGUGAGCAGUUUUCUAAAGACAGAUCAGAACAACAAGUGUGUAGUCCAAGGAAGAGUGGAUAUGGAUGACUCCAUGAAUCUGGAAGCAAACCAGACCUUCUGCAAAUCUAUAGAUAAAUAUGAAGCACUUUUUGCAUUGUCUUUUCCAGACAGAGCAGACUGUGUAUCUUCUCAAAGAAAACUAGAUCAGAGUUGGACGCACAUGUCUGAAAAUUGUAAUUCAGAAAAUGCAUCAACUCAGCAGCCAACAAACCAGACUUCAAAUGCUGCAAGCCCAGUUUUCCAGACUUAUCAAAAUAUUCUAGACUAUGCAGAUAAUGAAGAACUGACUGAUGAGUUGCUUUGUUGCCUGGCGGCAGAGCUGCUAGCACUUGAUGAAAAAGAUACUGCCUCUUCCAGAAUACCUACAAAGAAUACAGGUUCUAAAACAGAAAAUGUAUUUGCUAAAGAAGAAAGAGGCAGUGUGAAUGAAGAUGGCAAAGUAGUAGCAAGUGCAGAGGAACAGCAGAGUUACAGUAAAGCUUUCCUGGCACCAAAGAGGGAAAGUGACUUGUUGAACUUCAAUGAAUCUACAGCAUUUCCAGAAAGCAGUCUAGGUAAUAAGGCUCCUAUCACAUGGACUAGAGGUGAAAUCCUUGGAAAGGGAGCCUAUGGCACUGUGUACUGUGGUUUGACAAGCCAGGGGCAAUUAAUAGCAGUGAAACAAGUUGCUUUGGAUACCUCAGAUAAAGUCACUACAGAAAAGGAGUAUCAGAAGUUGCAAGAAGAAAUUGACCUGUUGAAAGCACUAAAGCAUAUCAACAUUGUAACCUAUUUAGGAACAUGUUUAAAAGAUAACAUCGUAAGCAUUUUCAUGGAGUUUGUUCCUGGUGGCUCAAUUUCCAGUAUUAUUAAUCGUUUUGGGCCAUUGCCAGAAAUUGUCUUUUGUAAAUAUACCAAACAAAUUCUACAAGGGGUUGCAUAUUUACAUAAAAACUGUGUGGUACACAGAGAUAUCAAAGGCAAUAAUGUUAUGCUUAUGCCAAAUGGUGUGAUAAAGCUGAUUGACUUUGGAUGUGCAAAGCGUUUAGCAUGGGUAAGCCUGAGUGGCGCACACAGUGAAAUGCUCAAGUCUGUGCAUGGAACUCCAUAUUGGAUGGCACCAGAAGUAAUAAAUGAAUCUGGAUAUGGAAGAAAAUCAGACAUCUGGAGCAUUGGAUGCACUGUAUUUGAGAUGGCAACAGGUAAACCACCUCUGGCUUCCAUGGAUAGGCUAGCAGCUAUGUUUUACAUUGGAGCCCAUAGAGGACUGAUGCCUUCUUUACCUGACCAUUUCUCAGGAAAAGCAGUGGACUUUGUCCACGUAUGCUUAACCAGAAAUCAACAUGAGCGUCCGUCUGCUGUACAACUGCUGCAGCACCCCUUCAUGAAGGGAAGACAAUGAACUUUUCAAAACGUCUGCCAAACUAAUGUAUAUUUUUGACUCAUAUCUAUUUCUACCACUACAAAAGGUUAAUUUGCAUUUGAUUUGAAAAUGGGAAUGUAGUAACUUACUAAAACUCAACAAUCAGCCAAACAUUGGAAAGCGCCUAUGAGACUGCAAUAUAAUUAUACUAGUUUGAUUUGUGAUAUGAAAUACUUAUCAGGGUAGGGGAAUGCAGUUGCCAUUUAUCCAGUAAAGAAAUUCUUUGCAGGAAAAGUCUUUGCUCUAUAUACACACUGGUCUGUAAAACUUCUGUAAUGAACAUUUCCUGUUUUCUCUGGGCAUAUGAAUGCUAUGAUAAUUUGAGAAGUUUCAUUCUCUCUCCUGGUACUGGUAUUAAAUUCACUU